AUGUCUUCAGCCAGUAUCAUGCAACAAGCCCUUGGCUUUGUACUCGUGGCCAUAUGUUGGGGUUCAACCAAUCCAUUGAUCAAAGCAGGCACCAAAGGCCUUGAUACAGUGACAGCAAAGCAUCCAGAAGGUGGCAUGAAGCGUUGGUUGGCUGAACAAAAGUACCUCUUUACGCGAUGGCAGUAUGUUCUCCCAUUGGCAUUGAAUUUGAGUGGAUCGGUCGUCUACUAUUAUACCCUUGGUCAAUCAGAAAUGUCACUUGCAGUGCCCAUCACCAAUUCGUUGACGUUCAUAUUUUCACUGUUCACUGGUUUAUUACUUGGAGAAGAGCUUGGAGGAAAAGAUACUUGGCUUGGCAUGGUACUCGUGAUUGCAGGUGUUCUUAUAUGUGUAGCUAGCAAAUCUGGAUAA